GUAUGUACCUAGGGUUCCCUAGGGUGCGUUCUGAAACGUGAACUCUAGCAGUUAUAAGACUGGUUUGUGCCGGCGCAAUAAAAAGCAAGAUGGAACGAAAUUAGAUCUGCCCUGUGGAAAGUUUCAGAACACGCUGCCGAAUAGUUUUGUGUGCUCGACGUGGCGAGUGAUAAUUGAAUAAAGUAGUUUAGUGAUUAAGAAAUUAAUUAUAUGUCUAAAUUGUGUAUCUGGCAUUUCCUAACAGUACAUCUUUCACCAGAUAACAGUAUUAAGGAUUAUCAAGAAGUUAGCCCUAGUCAUGGAUGAAAUAUUAGCUGUUUUAAGCAGAAGAGUAACGAGUGCUAAUAAACAGCAUGAACUAGGAAGUAAGAUGGCUCAUAUAAAGAAUGAUGAUGAACGAGUCGAAUUUAUACUUACGCUAAUGAAAUCAUAUGGUGUAAUGCCUGAGGUUAUUUCUGAACCAAAAGAUAAUCAAAAGGCUAAAGAAUUGAGAGAACAGGGCAAUAAAAUAUUUGUUGAAAGUAAUCUUGGACCCAUGCAGUACAUUACGAUCCUUGAAAGGUAUUCCAAGAGUAUUGCAUAUGCAGAGAUCAAUUCUAGAGAACUUGCUCUUGCUUAUGCUAAUAGAUCUGCUGUCUUGGUUAGAGUAAAAAAGUAUGCUGAAUGUGUGAAGGACAUUGACAGAGCUUUAAGAUUAGACUAUCCUGAUGAUCUUAAGGCUAAAUUAUAUUUACGGAGGGUCGAGUGUCUUACUGCAUUACAAAGCCCGGAUAUGCAAGCAUCUUGUGAUGAAGCACAAGCUUGGUUGGAUAAGUUAUCUCUUGAUGAUCCAAUGAAAAAGAAAUUAAGUCAUAAAUUAAAUGUAUUGUAUGGCCUAAGGGAUAUUCUGGUAUCCCCAGAGGAAAAAGAAUAUCCUCUUCCAAUAUUAACGUCAAGAAAUCCAGAAGUUCCUUGUGCUGCUGAUUCAGUAGCUGUUAAAUAUAAUGAAAUGUAUGGCAGACAUGUGGUAGCUACUCGUGAUAUCAAACCAGGAGAAGUCCUGGCAAUAGAAAAACCUUAUACUAUGGUUUUAGCGCCAGAGAAUGCUUUCACGCAUUGUGCUAAUUGUCUGAAAAUAUCCUGGGCUAGUAUACCUUGUAAUUACUGUACCAAUGUUAUGUACUGCUCUACGGCUUGCAAAAAUGAUGCUUGGAAAACUUAUCAUGAUGUUGAGUGCCCAAUACUUGAUAGUUUAUUGGCUUUGAGAUACAGUUUGAUGAGUCUCUGUAGUUUGAAACUUGCGGUCAUGGCUGUGAGGCAGGCAAAUGGUUUUGAUGCUUUGAAAGCUGGAUUAAAAAAUAUUGAUGAAUGCACAGAUCCUAGAACAAUUGGCUUUUCCAAUGAUGGGAAAUUUUAUAGUAACACGUAUCAGAGUGUCUAUAGUUUGGUAACAAACAGUGACAAAAGAUCAGUAGCAGAUCUUGUUGGAAGAGGACUGAAUGCAGCCUUCCUCACUUUUUACUUGGCAACGAAUACCUCUUUCUUUGGUGAAAAGCUUCCACGCGAUUUAAUAGGGCUUUCAAAAAACAAAAAUGUUAUAUUUAUUGGAGGGUUGAUUUUAAGACAUCAGCAGAUGAUACCCAGUAAUAUACACUCUUUCACUGAGGAACGAGAUUUGGAAGCUGUUGAGCGUGGAGCAGCAGUAAUGCCAUUUUUGAGUUUACUGAAUCACUGCUGCGAUUCAAAAGUGACGAGAAACUCUACGGCAGAAUUUAUGGUUCUAUAUGCUUUACAACCUAUCAAGAAGGGCGAGCAGAUUUUCGAUAAUUACGGCGUACACUAUUCUUUAAUGCCACGAUUGGCAAGGCAGCGAAAACUUUUCAAACAGUUUUUUUUCAUGUGCGAUUGUGAAGCGUGCCUUAUGGACUGGGAAACGUAUAUGAAUCAGCCAGGAUAUCAUGAAGUGGUAUCGGAUAAAAAGAAACGGGCUAAGAUACGAAAGGCUUUACAGAAUCAUUCAAAGUACAUCGACCGCGUUACUGAUGGGAACAUCGACGACAAAAAUAUGUUACCCGAUUUGUUAAAAAUGAUUGAAGUUUUGGCUGAAAAUGUUCCGAUGCCUUGUAAGGAUAUGAGCGAGGUGGUUGAGACUGUGAAACGCGUUUAUGCACUAACGGGCAAUAAAUUUGAUGUGCCUAAAUAAGAUAUAAUCGUUUAAUAGAGCUGUAACUGGAUGCAUGUACACAACUGAUGUAUGUAUAAGAAAAAAGGAAAAAGUUGCCAUGCAUCCAUCUGGGGGUCGACUUUGUAACUCAAAUGUAGGGAAAAUCUGAAAAGUGAAUAGUUGUAAAUCAAUCGCUUAUUAGGUUCAAAAGAACAAGCACAGCGAUUGGCUAACAGCUAUUCACUUUUUGAAUUUUCACUACAUUUUAGUUACACAAUCGACCCCCUGUACAAGACACACUCAUGACAUAUUUCAUUUCAAAUAUUUAUUUUGACAGUAUUUUCUACAUUAAACUGAUACCAUCUUUCUAAACACUGUUGGUAAGAUAUUUGGUUAUAUAUAAAAAGGUGAAACAUUUGAUAUGUCACUUCAUAUAUAUGUAUACUUAAAGAAUGUUACAUGCCUGAAUGUUACUACUUUGUAAGUAUGUAUCAAUUACUGUUAUUUAAAAACAUGUAUGAUUCUUAUCUGUAUCAACAAUGUGUCAAAUACCACAUUUUUGUAGUGAUGUAA